AGAAGAAGAAGAAGAAGAAGAAGAAGAAGAAGAAGAAGAAGAAGAAGAAGAAGAAGAAGAAGAAGAAGCUAUAUAAAUAUGCCAGCUGACGAUGAUCCCGAGUCCGAGGUGUUUGAGAUCACAGAUUUUACCACCGCGUCAGAGUGGGAAAGGUACGGUCUACGAGAGUUUGUGGUCAUCACCCCAGGAACAAACUGCGAGGCCAUCAUCAGCGAGUCCAAAUGUAAUUUGCUGCUCAGCUCCAUCUCCAUCGCUCUGGCCAACAGUGGUUGCCAGGUCCCGAUGUUUGUGCAGGUCCAGCAGAAGUGGAGACGGAUUUACACAGGAGAGUGCCAAGGACCAGGUGUGCGCACGGACUUUGAAAUGGUCCAAUUGCGCAAGGUGCCGAGCCAGUACAACCACCUGUCUGGUCUUCUGGACAUCUUCAAGUCCAAGAUAGGUUGUAACCUGCUCCCUCUGCCACCAAUAGACGUCUCCAUUCGCUUCACCUACAUUCUUCAGGACUGGCAGCAGCACACGUGGCCACAACAGCCUCCAGACUUUGACACGGUCCUCGGAGGUGAGGUCGGAGGAGUGGAGUUUGGAAACCUUCCUUUUGGAGCCUGUGAGGAACCAAUCAGUGAACUCCAUCUGGCAACCACCUGGCCUCACCUCACAAAGGGAACAGUUGUAGAUAAUGAUGUCUACAGUGACCUUGACCCCCUCCAAGCUCCUCAUUGGUCCGUUCGGGUCAGAGCAGCUGAAAACCCUCAGUGUUUACUCGGUGACUUUGUGACGGAGUUCUUUAAGCUCUGCUGCAGGAAGGAGUCUGUGGAGGAGGUUUUAGGACGAGGAUGUGCUGAAGAAGGUGGCCAAGAAAACAGUGACAUCAGCUCUGCUUUAUCCAAACUGACGGAGCCAGCAGCCGCCGUGCCUCUAACCAAACUGUCCGUCUCCAGUAUGGUGCACAGCGCCAGGAAACACAUCCACCGUCGCAGACACGUCGAUGAGUCACCGCUUAACAUCGAUAUCCUCAAUUCAAUCCUCUUGUACCUCUUCCCAGAUGCUGCUGUGGAGAAAUCCUCAGACAAUAAACCUAAAACUGCACACUCAAGCCCUUUGAAGACGACAGAGUCGGAGAAAGUUCCUGAUGACAACCUGUUCCUUCAGCUGAAGGCAGCACCCACUGACAGUCUGACUCACCGCUUGGCGUUAUGUCUGUGCAUGGUCAACUACAGCUACGGUGGUUUGCCAGCUGUUGCUCACCUCUGGCAGGAGUUUGUUCUGGAGUUGCGUUAUCGUUGGGAAAACAACUAUCUGAUCUAGCUGGCUGCUGGACCUCCUGAUCUUCGCUGUUGUCUUCUGCAUCAAAAGUUCCAGAUGCUGAACUGCUGCAUUGAGAGGAAGAGGGCCAGAGACGAAGCUCACAGGGAGGGGGUCAGAGACAGAGGAAGAGGACCAGCAUCGUCCACAGCUGGGUCCAUUUCAACCAGAGAGGCGCCUCCGGGGAAGUUCCGAGAUUCAGGGAGUGACAGCGAGGACGAGUUCUUCGAGUGCUGCAGUGACCAGGAGGAGGUGGAGGAGGGGGGGAACAACGGCGGGAAAGGCAAAGCAGAAGGCAGACUGCACCCUUACAACAACAUGACUCUACUGAACUCUACAGAACCUCUUUAUGUUCCCGUCACACAGGAACCUGCUCCCAUGACGGAGGAUCAGCUGGAAGAACAUUCAGAGGUUCUGGCCAAACUGGGCACAUCAGCUGAAGGGACUCACCUCCGCGCUCGGAUGCAGAGCGCAUGUCUGGUUUCAGACAUGGAGUCAUUCAAGGCAGCCAACCCAGGCUGUGUUCUGGAGGACUUUGUGCGCUGGUACUCGCCGAGGGAUUACGUGGAGAACGCCGAGGUGGAUGAAAAGGGCAAUCAAGUUAUGACAGGAGAGCUCAGUGCAAGAAUGAAAAUCCCAGGCAACAUGUGGGUGGAGGCAUGGGAGAUAUCCAGGGUUACACCUGCACGCCGCCAGAAGAGACUCUUUGAUGACACCAAGGAGGCAGAAAAGGUCUUGCAUUAUCUGGCCAUGCAGAAGCCUGGUGACCUGGCUCGUCAUUUACUCCCCUGUUUGCUCCACGCUGCUAUUCAGAAGCUGAAGGAGGAAGAAUCUAAAGGGAUCACCACAUCUGUAGAGAAAAACAUUCAGCAUGCAGUGAGUCAAGUCAACAAGCUCCUGCACAGUGUCAACUACGACUACAAGAAGUUAGAGGAUUUUAUUAAGCAGUUAGUGGAAAUGGAGACAGUCAUCACCAGAGCUCGCUCCCUCAGAGCCAAGUUUGCUGUUGAUGAAGAUGAUCAGGGAGACGCCACAGAGGAGCUGGUGAC